CAGUAAGGUAGGACUGCCGUGUAGACAAACGCCCUAUGGACAGUGUUGUGUAGCAGCACGGUGCAAACUUCUAAGAAUGUGUACAGGACAUAUACUUGCACCUAAUAAAACGUAUUACUGCAUCGCCAUUUAACAACAUCGGCAGCAAUAUCAACAAACAAGUGUGCUUAAAGUGAUGCAAUUUGACGUGAUAUUGAAAACUGUUGGAGAGUUUGGAACAUAUCAAAAAUGGUUAUACUGUCUUCUGUGUCUGACCUACGCAAUAGCCGGAUUCCAAAUGGUUAUAAGUGUGUUUCUACUAGGAAUACCACAGCACAGAUGCGCCAUACCAGGGUACCCUAAUGAUACGUAUGACAUCCAGAGUCCCUCUCAUGAGGUCUUGGUCAGUCGACUGGUGCCUCUAUCCACGGACGAAACUCUCAAAUACGUCCAGUGUGAGUUGUUUGCCCGGUCUUACGACGGCGACGACAACUCGACCAAAAAGGUUGCCUGCUCGUCUUGGGUCUACGACACGAGUGUUUUUAUCAACACCUUCACGUCGGAGCAUGAUAUUGUGUGUGACGACAAAUUGAAGACGUCCCACGCUCAGAUGAUCUUUUUCGGCGGUGUGUUGGUAGGGGCUAUUGGAUUAGGAUCAUUGUCUGACAUAAUUGGAAGGAAGAAGACUCUGUAUAUUUCCUUUCUGUUGUUGCUCGGAUCAACCUUGGGUGUAGCAUGGGCUCCAGAUUUCAUCACCUUUUGUGUGCUUCGAUUCUUGGUGGGAGCGGCAUGUGCUGGCAUGUUCAUGACCGCCUUUGUCAUUGGUAUGGAGCUGGUGGGUCCCUCAAAGCGUGUGUGGGCCGGAAUUGUCAUCGAGUAUUUCUUCGCCCUUGGACUGGUCAUUCUAGGAGGAGUGGGGUACGGCUUCAGGCAGUGGAAGUAUACUGAGAUCGCAUGUGCUGCUCCUUCUGCCUUCUUCCUUCUAUAUUGGUGGUUUAUUCCCGAGUCCCCGAGAUGGCUGAUCAGUCAGGGUAAAAUCGAGGAGGCCAACAAGAUCAUCCAAAAGGCUGCGAAAGUAAACAAAGUGACGAUUCCGGAGAAGAUCCUGUCGGCAGAGUCCAUAGAGGAACCGGAAUCUGGUCGUCUCUGGCACCUGUUUACUUCACGUGUUCUCCUCGUGAGGACACUCAUCAUAUUCUUUAAUUGGGCUGUGGUCAGCAUGGUUUACUACGGUCUCUCUUUGAACACUGGAAACCUCGGGGGUGAUUUCUACAUCAACUUUCUGUUGUCUGGUCUGGUCGAGUUUCCCGCCUAUACCAUAUGCCUCGUGCUGCUAGACAGGGUGGGCAGACGGAUUCUUCACGCGGCAUGCAUGAUACUUGGUGGUGUUGCUUGUAUUGUCACCCUUUUCCCCAUGCUAUACGCAGAUGAAAGUCUCCAGCCAAUCACAAUCACGCUCGCUAUGUUGGGCAAGGUUGGAGCGGCCGCCGCCUUCGCUGUGAUCUAUGUGUGGUCAGCUGAGUUAUACCCAACUGUGGUCAGGAACGCAGGCAUGGGUGCCAGCUCCUCGUGCGCACGUAUAGGGGGCAUGAUUGCACCGUAUAUUGCUGACCUGAGCAAGGUGAUAGAUGGUAACCUCGGACGUGCAGUACCGCUGGUAGUGUUCGGUGCAGCGUCUGUCGUAGCAGGGAUUAUGUCACUAUGGCUGCCGGAAACCAACAACAGAGACCUUCCGGAAUCUUUAGAGGAUGGCAGACGAUUUGGUAAAAAGAAGUUGUCAAAGAAAUACGAACCAAAGCUUGAUUAUGACAACAAAGCAUUUGAUUCUGAAUCAGGCAUCACUAACGAUACAAAUGGAGUCAACAGCGGCACAAAGCUCUGAUUGGUCGAGACCUUUGCCCUGCCGUUGGGUGACAUCACGUGAUCAUAGCCUCCACGAGAAACAGCCAAUUAUGUGUGCAUGUGCACUAGUGACUGUUUUACGAUAUCUAUGUGACACGUUGAAAUGGCAUAAUAAUUUUAAUAACAAGAAUAUCACUUGUUAAAUUGUAACAUGCUGUUAACAUCCAUCAGUUUAACUUGUGCAUUGAAGUUGUGUCUCAUAUAUGAUUUAUCGUGUAUUCUAUACAUAUAUGUUUCAUUUGAAUUCCAUUUAUCAAUCCACGCUUCCUACUGUGUUAUGAUAUAAUUUACAGAAUAAGGUUCGUUUUUACAUGUUCUAUUCUGGUGCUAGUUUCGAGAGCAAAGUCUGAUAAAUCCGUUCAUAAAUAUGUUUAUUGGAGCACGUUUUUUGCCAUUCAAAGCAUGUAAAGUAUGUUUAUUUUUAUCUCGUCUAUCAAUUAAAUAUAACAUUUGAUGUUCGGCAAAGAUAAAUAUACGAUAAGAAAACCAAAUCUCUUUCUCGACCUUGUGUGUCUAUAUAAUAUAGGUUUAACAACAUCUGUUCUUCGUAUAAUAAACCAGCCGGUACAUCUUUUGGUCCAGCGGUCUCUUUGGAAUUUCCAAGUGAAACUUUUGUUUAUGCUUAUUUCAUUUUAAAACGUCGAUACUAAUGUUCCAUAAGGAAACAUGGAUAGUAAAAUGUUUAUAUAACAAAAUCAAUAUUGCGCCACAAGAACGUCUUUUCAGGCAAGGCAAAACUUAAAGUACAUAUGUUUCUUUGUAUUCCAUAAGAUUCACAAGGAUUCAGAAUUUUUUGAAUGAAGGGAGAUAACUCUUAUAAUAUACUUUUUGAUAUUCUUUUAUCAUCUGAUAAUAAUUAUAAAUCAUGAUAUUGGCUGUGUGGCAACCACGCAUGGGUUUGAAUUUGUAGAUCCGGUACAAAGUUUUCAACAAUUUUCUUUCCUAGAAAUGACUUUGUCUUGUUUUAUUUGUCACAACAAUGGAUACAAACAGGUCUAUCAAAAGUCCGUCUCAAAAAAUAUACACAACUUUUACGUUUUCCUCAGAGGGUAAAAGGAUUGAUCUAGAAAAAACCUAUUUGUCGAAAGGACUGUCACUGCUAUUUGGAUCAAACCAUUUACUUAUGCAUAUCGUGUUAUCUCUACUAGGAAUCAUUGUGGACCAUCAAGUGUUCACGAGUUUAAAAUCAAGUCUAUGAAAUUAUACACUGGGAUUUGUAUUGCAUAAUGUAAAAUUGUUUCUAUAUAGAAUAGUAUAUCAUAUAUAAUGCAUUAAAAGAAGAAAACAAAUUUCAA